CUGGUCUGGCAUUUGCUAGCUCUUAGCACGUGCUUUUUAUUACAGUAAGUGAAAGGAAGCGGGUCGUUACGCGAAAUUAGAGUUAUCCCAUCAGUUUUCCUUUUAAAACUUCCAAACAUACAACAACCUCUUGUCCAUUCCAAAAUUUGCCAAAUUAUUUCCCAAAUCUGGUCUAUCACUACAUCACCAUGGGUACUUCACGGAAUCGUAAGCGCUCCAAACAUGCUACGAGUUCUAUACCUACAAAGGGGAAUGGCCAUAAAAUCAUCAUAGGAAUUGAUUAUGGUACAACAUUCUCAGGUAUGCCAUUCAAAUCUUACAUUGUUCGCCUUUAACAUUGCUACAGGUGUCAGUUAUGUGACCACUGAUAAAUCUGGCAUAGAGGACAUCACUAUCAUGUCUCCAUGGCCUGGAGAUCCUCACGUCUCUUGGAAGACUCCCACGAGAAUUGCUUACAGCCAGGAGAAUCCAAAACUCAAAAACAACAAGUGGGGAUUUGAGGUUAAUUCAAAGCUGAAGUCGUAUUCCUGGACUAAACUUCUGCUCGACAAGAGCGCCUCUGCAAAAGAUCAUGACGAUCCGUCGCUUGCAUCUAUGACAGGUGGUGGCAUGUUACAGUUGCCUCCAUUUCGUGAUGCGGCAGGGGUCUGUGAAGAUUUUCUGACAGAGGUAUACACACAUGUAUCAAGAAAGUUGCGGGAGCAAAUGACUGAUCUGACUUUUGAAAACACUCCAAUGGAAUGCUGGGUCACAUUACCUGCUGUGUGGUCAGAGGAGGCUAAAGAUGCUACUCUAAAGGCUGCCAAGAGUGCUGGGUUUGGGAAGAGGCCCGGAGACGAAAUUUACACCAUUGCUGAGCCAGAAGCUGCGGCGAUUGCGACAUUGAAAGAAUACGCCAAAUCAGAUGGAUUGAAUCCCAUCUCGGUAUGUCUAAAUCAACUGCAUUGAUAGCACAUACUAACAACCUAGUGUGAUGAAAAUAUACUCAUAUGUGACUGUGGCGGAGGAACUAUCGACAUCACUACGUACAGAAUCCGGCAGGUGCAACCAUAUCUUAUCUUUGACGAGCUAUGUGUUGGUAUUGGUAAGUCGUAUUCAAAUUCCGCGCAAUCGGUCGAUCGGAACUGGAUCUUGACUUCUUAAUAGGCGGAAAAUGCGGGGCAACAUACAUUGAUCGAAAUCUUCAUUCUCUGCUCUCCAGACGCUUUGGACCUGCAUUCGAUGAUGUGCCGUUCGGCCAAAAGGGUCCAGGUAGCAGAUUUAUGACGGCUUUCGAGACAUUGAAAAGGGAUUUUGGACGUAACGAUGAGAAAGAAGUAGGAGAGUUGGGCCCUCUCAAUCUUGCUGUUUCUAAUUCUGAUCACUAUGAUGAGGAGGAUCGACUUGUUUUGCUCACACAGUAAGGCUUAUGUGUCCGUAAGAUGUCGAGUGUACUAACAACCUGUCAGUGAAGAUAUGGAGGACCUUUUUGAUCCCGUCGUUGCGGAAAUAACAAGCUUAGUGAAAGAACAAGUGAAAGCAGCAAAAGCCGCGAAAAACGCUAUAAUUAACGUGUGUUUCAAUUCCGAGAUGAACAGAUUUAAAAGGAGUUUUUGCUAAUUAUUUGUGACGCACCAGCGUAUCAUCCUUGUCGGCGGCUUCGCUGAGUCGCCACACCUCAAUAAAGAGUUGAAAAAGUGGUGCAGGCAAAACGGGAACAUAACCUUGAUACGCCCCUUGCAUCCGUAAGCCACGAUACACACAUCCACUUGCUCUGCUUCUAUGCUAACCUCUAAAGCCAAUCUGCUGUUGUGCGUGGAGCUGCCUUACGUGGGCUAAAAGGGAUUUCACCACAAAUAAAGCAACUGCGUCGUCAUUACGGUAUCUGCUUAGCAAUGCCUUUCCGAGAGGGGAUAGAUCCAGAGGAAAGCGCUUUCAUUGAUACGUGGAACAAUUUGAAGAGAUGCAGGGGACGAAUGUGGUGGUUAAUUUUUAAGGUAAGUCGCUCAACAAGCCACAGUUUCGUUACCAUAUCUCAUCUCACUGACUAAUAAAAAUGCGCUAGGGGGAUGAUAUUAAGAAAGGUACCUCGAGACUUCUUGACUGCAAUCAGGUGUGCACACUUCAGACAGAUACAGUAUUGGCAAGUACAUUGUAUCAAUGUGUAUUGGCACAACCUCCCGAAUAUGUUUCUGAUCCUGGUGUGAUAUUAACCAUCCCAAAUCGAAAAGAAACUCAAACUAACGGUUUACAGGAGUCGAAAGAGUUGGGGAUAUUCGAUCAAAUCUAGGUAAUAACUUCGACUUUGGUGAAAAUAUCGAACGGCAAUACAAUGCUCAACUCGGUCGCAUGGUGCAGAGGGUUAGUUUUCAGCAAAGAAUCGUGUUCGGUAAUAAGGGUGAUAAUCUCACAUUCAGUUGUCUUAUUGGCGGAAAGGAGAUAUGCAAGUCAGAAAUGAGUUUCGAUCGUUGAAGUGGCGGACAGUAGCCUGAUGACUCAAAACUCUUGUCGUUUUGCUUCUGCAGGCAUUUGUUCUUAUUUAAUUUCCCGUUCUCUUUUUUUCUCUGAAAAACCCAACAAAGCUUGUGCCCAGAGUCUGGGUUUAUAUUUCAGUCCCUUUAAAAGCGGCUGAUUUCUUGAAACACGGGGGCUGAAUACUAGUACUGCUUUUACUCCUGCAAAAUGGAAAUAAUCAUUUCAAUCAAACCUGAUACCUCUGAAU